CUUCUUCGGGGACAACACGCCGCUGCCCAUCGAGUCCGGCUAUGCCAUUGUGCUGGGCUUCGGUGCAUUCUUCUCGGUGCUGACCACGGUGUUGGUGUACCUGGACAAGUAUGCCAAUGGCACUGAACACACGUCUGAGUUCUUCAACACCGCCGGCCGCUCCGUGAAGACGGGCUUGACUGCCUCUGUGAUCGUGUCUCAAUGGACCUGGGCUGCCACCCUGCUGCAGUCCUCCAACGUGGCGUGGCAGUAUGGAGUGUCUGGACCAUUCUGGUACGCCAGCGGCGCAACGAUCCAGGUCCUACUUUUCGGCAUUCUGGCCAUCGAGAUCAAGCGCCGCGUGGACACCGACUUGGCAUCCUUCCUGAUUCCAUGGGGUGUGAUCCUGUACACAGCGGCAGGUGGCUUGAAGGCCACUUUCAUGGCAUCCUACCUCCAUACCGCCAUCAUUUUCCUGGUUCUGGUGGUGUGUGUUUACACCGUCUACGUGAAGAACUUCUCCUCCGACGUGAUCUACGCAGGCCUGCAGCAGGUGUCGAGCUACUCGACGACACAGUGCGAGCAGAUCUUCAAGCAGGGCACUCAGACCUUCUUCGAAGCGGGCAAGUACGCCUGCGGGCCUGUGCCGGAGAACGAGGGCGGAUCCUACCUGACCAUGCUCUCGGGUGGUGGCACGAAGUUCGGCAUCAUCAACAUCGUUGGUAACUUCGGCACCGUCUUCGUGGACCAGUCGUACUGGCAAUCUGCCAUCGCGGCUAAGCCGACCAGCUCUGCCGAGGGCAUCGCCGUGUCAUCCUUGGUCACCUACGACAUCUACAAGACCUACAUCAACCCCAAGUGCACUGGCCAGCAGGCACUGUUUAUCUCGAAGGUAGUUGUAGUGGUCUUUGGUCUCCUCAUGGGAGGCCUCGGCGUGGCUCUGAAUCACAUGGGCCUGAACCUUGGCUGGGUGUACCAGUUCAUGGGCAAUGCUAUUGGCUCCGCCGUGGAAAUGCUCGAGCAGGACAUGAGCGGCCUCGACGACGAGGACUACACCUCGGACUUCCUGGAUGCGGCCAAGUGGUGGAUCCAGAAGUGGGGUUGGGGCUUCACCAUCCUGAUGGUUCUGAUUUGGCCUCUGCUGUCUUUGCCUGCCGGGGUCUUUACGACGGACUACUUCGCUUUCUGGGUGUUCAUCAGUAUCGCCUGGAGCUUCGUGGCCACGUUCGUGAUCAUCGUCCUCCCCAUCCAAGAAUCAUGGGGCGCCAUCAUGGGUGUGUGCUACUUCAUGGUUGGCAAGCAGGCCCCUCAGAAAGCCGGCGCUGCAGCGUCAACUGCUGAGAAGGCUCCUGAAACGCAGGAGGUCGCGUAUUAA